CGGAUCGGCCCUGGGCUGCCUUGGGCUGCCCGGGCCUCCUCCCUGGCUGCCGCCGGCAUUCCCGACUGGCCCAGAAGCGGCUCCCGAGUGACCCAGAUUGUGCAUCUUGAUCCCGUCAUUGGCAUCUGCAGCAUCGGCAACUCGACAGGACAUGGCCGACAGUCACGAAAUGGCGCAGAUCCGGCAUCUGCGAGCACGAACGCGGAAACUCAUGCAGGAACUAUGGGAGGCCCAGAAAGACGGCGGGCAUCGGCAGCCCACGCCCGAGGCCAUCGCCGCUGUCUUGGAGGAUAGGCCGGUGCGAUAUCCUCCCCGCUCGCCGGGCAAGUUGUCGCCGUCGCGAUCGCGGUCCCAAUCCCCCUCCAAGCGAGUAUCCAAGUCCCGGCCAGCUUCCCCCAGUCGCCAAAGCAGUCCCGCCCGUCCGUCAUCACCCCGGUCCAAACUCUCUCGACAACAGGGGCGAUUGGGCUCGCCUCCAAAGAUCCAUGUACCACCAGUGUCGCCAGCUCAGAUACUGAAGGCUGCCAAUGACCGGCAGGAACGCAUGUUUUACGACACCCUGUAUCGCGACGACCAGUACUACGACGAUCUGCAGCUCUUUCGCAAGGCCAACAAGGACCAGUUUAUCCGGGAUCCGGUGCCGAAGAGUAUCCCGGAGGUUUCGCAUGUCCAGCGAGUGAUUGCCGAGACCCGCAACCAGCAAGAAAUAUCGGCGCCGUUCGACCCAUCGGUACACUACGCCGGGGCAUUCCGUGUCAACAAACGACUGAUGCUGGAGCGCAUCCAGUUUCCGUUCAAUUCCCUGGAGGACGCAGAGCUGUUCACACACGAGGAGUUGCGAAAUCUGGCCGAAGAUGAGCCACCGGUCAAAGUGAGCAUUCCCAAGAGUCUAUCGAGCAAGAUCGUCAAGACGUACCGCCCACACCGGAGACGAUCGUUUGAUCCUGGCGAUGCGAUCGAUAUCGGCGCGUUCCUGCACAAGGGCUACGAGUCGCAUCUGCGAACUACGCAAAUGGUCAAGAGGAUUGGGACUGAAGGCGUAUCGCUGGCAAGAGAAACGGCUAAAACCAGGGCCGCAUCGUUCCCUGGGGCAAUCAUCGACCUCGACCUGUAGCUGUCUGUUCGUAGCCUCGAGGUCGGCGACAGUAGAGGCGGUUGAAGAGAUGGCUUAUGGACUGGACGGGUUCCAUCGAGGCGAAUUCUCCACAAAGGAUACCAUCAACUAAUUGCAGCGAUCAGACAAUCCAGAAGCAUCCACCAUCGAGUCAAUUGCUUCCAGAGGACCAGGCCAC